AUGUUUUCAUAUAACAACAAGGCCUCUAUCUUCAUCCAUAAAAGCAUUGACAGCCAUAUUAUCCUUCCGUAUAACAACAAGGCUUCUAAGAAAGCAUUUAGGCAUCUAUUCUUCCGUAUAACAACAAAGGCCCCUAUCUUCAUCCAUAAAGCGAUGACAGCUAUAUAUCCUUCCCGUAUAACAACAAGGCAUCUACCUUCAUCCGCAUCUAUCUUCAUCCAUAAAGCAUUGACAGCCAUAUUAUCCUUCCGUAUAACAACAAAUUAUAGGCUAUCUAUCUUCAUCCGCAAAGCAAGAAUUGACAACCAUAUUAUCCUUCCGUAUAACAACAAGGCCUCUAUCUUCAUCCAUAAAGCAUUGACAGCCAUAUUAUCUUUCCGUAUAACAAAAAGGCAUCUAUCUUCGUCCAUGAACCAUUGUACAGCCAUAUUAUCCUUCAGUAUAACAACAAAGGCCUCUAUCUUCAUCCGUAAAGCAUUGACAGCCAUAUUAUCCUUCCCAUUGAUAGCCAUAUUAUCCUUCCGUAUAACAACAAGGCGUCUAUCUUCAUCCAAAAGCAUUGACAGCCGCCAUUAUCCUUCAACAAGGUAUAUCCAUAAAGCAUUGCCUCUAUCUUCAUCUAUCCGUCCAAAAUCAUUGACAGCCAUAUUAUCCUUCCGUAUAACAAAAGGCAUCUAUCUUCAUGACAGCCAUAUUACAUCCUUCCAGAGCACAAUAAGUCUAUCUUCAUCCAGAAGAUUGACAGCCAUAUUAUCCUUCCGUAUAACAACAAGGCAUCUACCUUCAUCCGUAAGCAUUGAUAGCCAUAUUAUCCUUCCGUAUAACAACAAGGCAUCUACCUUCAUCCGUGGAAGCAUUGACAUAUUAUCUUCCGUUCCAAGUCAUCUUCAUCCUGUGAACGAACGCUUCUUCCAUAUAACAACAAGGCCUCAUCUUCAUCCAAAAAGCAUUGACAGCCAUAUUAUUCUUCCGUAUAACAAAAAGGCCUCUAUCUUCAUCCAUAAAGCAUUGAUGUUUCAUAUUAUCCUUCCGUAUAACAGCAAAGGCAUCUAUCUUCAUCCAAGCCUUGACAGCCAUAUUUUCCUUCCGUAUAACAACAAAGGCUAUCUUCAUCCUUCAUCCCUUCAUAAAAUCAUCCGUGAAGCAGCCAUAUUAUACUUCCGUAUAACAACAAGGCCUCUAUCUUCAUCCAUGAAGCUUCUAUCUUCAUCCGUGAAAGCAUUGACAGCCAUAUUAUUCUUCCGUAUAAUAACAAGGCCCUAUCUUCAUCCGUGUAGCAUUGACAGCCAUAUUAUCCUUCCGUAUAACAACAAGGCAUCUAUCUUCAUCCGUGAAGCAUUGACAGCCAUAUUAUCCUUCCGUACCAACAACAAAGGCAUCUAUCUUCCGCCUCUAUCUUCAUCCAUAAAUUGCGUUGACAGUCAUAUUGUCCUUCCGUAUAACAAUAAGGCAUCUAUCUUCAUCCGUAAACCAUUGAGAGCUAUAUUAUCCUUCCGUAUAACAACAAGGCCUCUAUCUUCAUCCGUAAAGCCAUUGUACAACAAGGCCAUAUUAUCCUUCCAUAUUGUCCUUAAUAACAAAAGGCGUCUAUCUUCAUCCAUAAGCAUUGACAGCCAUAUUAUCCUUCCGUAUAACAACAAUGCUUCUAUCUUCAUCCUUGAAGCAUUGACAGCCAUAUUAUCCUUCCGCUCUAUCUUCAUCCAUAAAGCAUUGACAGUCAUAUUAUCCUUCCGUAUAACAACAAGGCAUCUAUCUUCAUCCGUGAAGCAUUGGAUAGCCAUAUUAUCCUUCCGUAUAACAACAGGGCUUUAUCUUUCAUCCUCUACCUCUAUCUAUCAUCCUUAUAACAACAAAGGCAUCUAUUUCAUUAAAAUCAUUGACAGCCAUAUUAUCCUUCCGUAUAACAACAAGGCCUCUAUCUUCAUCCAUAAAGCAUUGACAGCCAUAUUAUCCUUCCGCCUCUAUCUUCAUCCGUAUAACCAUUGGAUCCAUAGUUACCAUAUUAUCCUUCCGUAUAACAACAAGGCCUCUAUCUUCAUCCAUAAAGCAUUGACAGCCAUAUUAUUCUUCCGUAUAACAACAAGAUCUAUCUAUCUUCAUCCCAUUGACAGCCAUAUUAUCCUUCCGUAUAACAACAAGGCAUCUAUCUUCAUCCGUGAAGCAUUGACUGCCAUAUUAUCCUUCCGUAUAACAACAAGGCAUCUACCUUCAUCCGCUCUAUCUUCAUCCAUAAAAGCAUUGACAGCCAUAUUAUCCUUCCAUUAUAACAAGGCAUCUACCUUCAUCCGUGAAGAAUUUACCUUCCAUAUAACAACCUCCGUUAACCAGCAUUCUAUCUUCAUCCGUGAACCAUAUCGACUCUCUCUUCAUCCUGAAGCAUUGACAACCAUAUUAUCCUUUCCGUAUAACAACAAGGCCUCUAUCUUCAUCCAUAAUGCAUUGAUAUUAUCCUUCCGUAUAACAAAGGCUUCUCUCUUCAUCCAUAAAGCAUUGUCAGCAAUAUUAUCCUUCCGUAUAACAACAAGGUUCUCUAUCUUCAUCCAGCAUAUUAGCAUUGACAACAAGCCAUAUUAUUCUUCCGCAUCUACUACGCUUCUUCCAUCAUCCUUCCGAAGCAUUCAAUCAUUGACCAUAUUAUCCUUCCGUAUAACAACAAGGCCUAUCUUCAUCCUUAAAGCAUUGACAGCCAUAUUAUCCUUCCGUAUAACAACAAAGGCAUCUAUCUUCAUCCGUUCAUAUUACCUUCGUAAAAGGCAUUCAUCCCAUCCUUCCGACAAUAAAUAUCUAUUCUUCAUCCGUAUAAAGAACAAAUCAAGGUCUCCUUCAUCCAUAAACAUUGACAGCCAUAUUAUCCUUCCGUAUAACAACAAGGCCUCUAUCUUCAUCCGUGAAGCAUUCACAGACAUUUAUCCUUCCGCUAUCUUCAUCCGUAAAGCAUUGCCAGCCAUAUUAUUAUCCUUCCGUAUUAUCCUUCCGUAUAACAACAAGGCCUCUAUCUUCAUCCGUGAACCAUUGAUUAUUAUCCUUCCGUAUAAACAACAAGGCCUCUAUCUUCAUCCAAAAGCAUUGACAGCCAUAUUAUCCUUCCGCGUCUAUCUUCAUCCAAAAAGCAUUGACAGCCAUAUUAUCCUUCCGUAUAACAACAAGGCCUCUAUCUUCAUCCGUGAAGCAUUGACAGCCAUAUUAUCCUUCCGUAUAACAACAAGGCCUCUAUCUUCAUCCGUAGCCAUUGAUACAUAUUAUCCUUCCGCGUCUAUCUUCAUCCGUGAAGCAUUGACAGCCAUAUUAUCCUUCCGUAUAACAACAAGGCUUCUAUCUUCAUCCAUACAAAGCAUUGACAGCCAUAUUAUCCUUCCGUAUAACAACAAGGCUUCUAUCUUCAUCCAUAAAGCAUUGACAGCCAUAUUAUCCUUCCGCAUCUAUCUUCAUCCGUUAUUGACAGCCUUUAUCCUUCCGUAUAACAAGAAGGCCUCUAUCUUCAUCCGUGAAGCAUUGCCAGCCAUAUUAUCCUUCCGUAUAACAACAAGGCCUCUAUCUUCAUCCGCCUCUAUAUUCAUCCAUAAAGCAUUGACAGCCAUAUUGUCCUUCCGUAUAACAACAAGGCUUCUAUCUUCAUCCAUAAAAGCAUUGACAGCCAUAUUAUCCUUCCGUAUAACAACAAGGCCUCUAUCUUCAUCCAUUGACAGCAAUAUUAUCCUUCCGUAUAACAACAAGGCCUAUAUCAUCUUCAUCUUCCUGUAUCCGACAGCCAUAUUAUCCUUCCGUAUAACAACAAGGCCUCUUCAUCCGUUCAUCCAUAAAAAACAACAAGCAUUGAUCAGCCAUAUUAUCCUUCCGUAUAACAACAAGUAUAACAACAAAUAUUCAUCUAUCCAUAAAGCAUUGACAGCCAUAUUAUCCUUCCGUAUAACAACAAAGGCCUCUAUCUUCAUCCAUAAAGCAUUGACAGCCAUAUUAUCCUUCCGUAUAACAACAAGCAUUGACAGCCAUAUUAUCCUUCCGUAUAACAACAAGGCAUCUACCUUCAUCCGUGAAGCAUUGACAGCCAUAUUAUCCUUCCGUAUAACAACAAGGCAUCUAUCUUCAUCCGUCUCUAUCUUCAUCCAUAAAGCAUUGACAGCCAUAUUAUCAUUCCGUAUAACAACAAGGCCUCUAUCUUCAUCCAUCCAAAACAUUGACAGCCAUAUUAUCCUUCCGUAUAACAACAAGGCCUCUAUCUUCAUCCAUAAAGCAUUGACAGCCAUAUUAUCCUUCCGUAUAACAACAAGGGCCUCUAUCUUCAUCCAUAAAGCAUUGACAGCCAUAUUAUCCUUCCCAGCAUUGACAGCCAUAUUAUCCUUCCGUAUAACAACAAGGUCUCUAUCUUCCGUUGACAGCCAUAUUAUCCUUCCGUAUAACAACAAGGCCUCUAUCUUCAUCCGUAAAGCAUUGACAGCCAUAUUAUCCUUCCGUAUAAACAACAAGGCAUCUAUCUUCAUCCAUAAAGCAUUGACAGCCAUAUUAUCCUUCCGUAUAACAAGUAUUGACAGGCAUAUCUCUAUCUUCAUCCAUAAAUCCACAUUGACAGCCAUAUUAUCCUUCCGUAUAACAAAAAGGCAUAUCUUCAUCCAUAAAUCAUUGACAGCCAUAUUAUCCUUCCGCUAUCUAUCUUCAUCCAUAACAACAAGGCAUUUCAUCCGAACCAUUGACAGACAUAUUAUCCUUCCCAUUGACAGCCAUAUUAUCCUUCCGUAUAACAACAAGGCCUCUAUCUUCAUCCAUAAAGCAUUGACAGCCAUAUUAUCCUUCCGUAUAACAACAAAGGCAUCUAUCUUCAUCCAUAAAGCAUUGACAGCCAUAUUAUCCUUCCGUAUAACAACAAGGCAUCUAUCUUCAUCCGUCUCUAUCUUCAUCCAUAAAGCAUUGACAGCCAUAUUAUCCUUCCGUAUAACAACAUUGCUUCUAUCUUCAUCCAAGAAGGCUAAAGCAUUGACAGCCAUAUUAUCCUUCCGUAUAACAACAAGGCCUCUAUCUUCAUCCAUAAACAUUGACAGCCAUAUUAUCCUUCCGUAUAACAACAAGGCCUCUAUCUUCAUCCAUAAAGCAUUGAUAACAACAAGGCCAUAUUAA